ACAUGGGCAAACAACAGAAAACCAAAAAGGCCAGACUCUCAACUACUAUAGACAAAGAAAACAAAGGCAAAGUCUUUCACUUUGUGGAAAACGAAGGUAGCAGAAAAAAUUCCAAUUCAUUAAACUCUCAUAGGGAAAUUGCCCAGAACCCAAACUUGAAAGCUUCAAAGAACUUGGAACCCAAGAACAUUAAAACAAGCUGGGUGAAUCAAUUAGAAAGUAAAACUAAAGACAUGGAGGAUACAACCAUGGGUGAAGAUCAAAACACCCCAUGUAUUACCUCAUUCGACACAACAAACCAGAUAAACAGUAAGCUGAAAGAACAACACGUGAGCCAGGUUAAUAACAUGAGCAAAAAAGAACACAUGUGUCACACAGAUGCACAAGAACUAGGAAAUACAGACCUGAGUCCACCUAUUAAUGCCCAAGCUACUACAACUAAAUCCCAAAAGGAGAAACCCACAAACCAUAAAGUCACUUCUACGGGGCUCAAUUUUAGCCCAAAUAAUCCAUAUGUAAAGGAAGCCAUGGAAAACACAAUCAUGAAAACCCCACCUAAAAGUACAGAAAUCACAGAGGACUUAACCUCAAAGAACGAAAAUAUGGCAUCUCAAAAUAUGGAAAUUGAGUUAUCAACUGAGAAACUAGUAAAAUCCACAGUGGUCACUUCAGAGACCUCUGAAAUAGAAUUCAUAUCAAGCCCGAAGAAAUCCAGUUUAACUCAGCAAAACUUACAAGAUCUGCCAUUCACAGUUGUAUCUUACCGUAAACCGAAUAGUAAGAAAGGUCCUUGCAGAUGCUUCUUGGGGCAUCUCUGGACCACAAAACCAAUACUAAGUGAAAAUCAGCCUCAGU